CAGGCGUAUCUAGAUAUCAAGCUAGAAUUGUAACUAUGUUUGAAAUUAGUAUACGAAAUUCAAGUUUAAAUUCAAUAUUUUGAAAGUGAUAUUUUAGAGUGUGAGUUAGUGAUAGAAUAUGAAAAGGAUUUUGCAUCUCCUUUAACGCCUAAGGAUUAAAUAAUGUUUUGUUUUUGGUUAUGUUAGUUCCUCGAUUGUGACGAUACCUGACAGCUUAUAGAAUUGCUCUCGAGCCUGUUUCCUGUCUGUGAAGAAAAUGGCUUCUGAAUACAUAGUACCAAACGAGACUUUAGAAGACAGAUUGACAGGAAUAUUGAGAUUUCUUACAAGGAAAAGUAACGAAGACAACAAUCACAUUAAAAAAUUGAAAAUUGCAUUUAAAAGCAAAGAAUUGUCCAAAGUGAAGCCGUUUACAAAAUAUUCGAAUUCAUAUACGCAGAACCAAAACCAGGAAUUUAACUUGUCUGAUGCUGCCUUACUUGUUGCUAUCAAAAACUUCGAAAAUGUGUACGACAUCUAUGAAGUAGUUAAAGAGAAAGAAGAUAAAAAGAACAAGAAAAUCAAUAAGAAAUCGAAAUCCAAAUUGAGGAUGAACCUUGUACGCGCGCACGUGUUUGAAGACGCAAUGCGUGACUGUCACGUGCACUGGUUCCAACUGACGUACGUGUACGUGUACCCGCGUAAUUGCCGGAUGCUGAUCGGGAUUCCCGUGUACCAGGGAGGAUACAUACACAACAAAAACGAGAAAAAUAGGCAGAUACUGUGUUAGGAAGUAUUUCGGAAGGAUGAUAAAUCGGAAAUUGUAAACAAAUUUUAUAAUAGUUUGCUUAAGGUUUUGUUUUCCUCUUCAUUAAUAUCCAUGUUUAUUAAAUUACCAUGUGUGUCAAUUGAAGCCCAAAAAGUAAACAAACACCACUAAAGAUAUCAAUUUUCAUGUACCUAGUCCACUCAUGUUAAAACACAUACAUUAUGAUUUUCAUUAGCAUUAGUAGGCAAAAUAAUACUUUGUCCAAUGAGAAAGCAGUAUGUAUCAACCGUUAUUGAUUUUAAUCAGUUGAAGCGGUAAAUAUAAACAGUGGGUAGUUUACAAAAUAGUAUGAAGACCACUAAAAACUAUAGGGCAAUUUUUUUCAGUAUGUAUGUGUUUCAUGUAUAUGUAUUUCAAUGAUGUUAGGUUAGGACCUAGAUGCAUUUACAGAAUGUAUUUAUCAGGAUUUGCUCAUAAUUAAUUAUUCCAUGUAUAUAAUUUUUAAAAUAAACAAGAUUUCAUUUUGAGAUAAAUUUCUGGAGGAUUUUUGUAUUCUUAUUUGGUAUAUACGGUCAAAGUUCUCUGAUCGUUGGUAUCUGGGUAACAUUGAAGUUUCUAUACAAGCUUCAUGGUGAUAAAGCAUUUCAGAAAUAUUGAAUUCAGUAAAUCAUUCUGUGAUGAUUAAAUUUAUUUUUCGAAAAUAGUGUUCAUGUAGUGUGUUCAAUAUAGCAUAUGUAUUUAUUUGUGUAUGCUUUACAGGAUUUGUAAAUAUAUUUUGUGAUCUUUUUUAUUUAAGCAUUAUUCUUUAUUCUAGGUAUUUGAAUUAUAGCAUUACUAAUUUGAAAUUUAUUUUGUAAAACUAUGUAAUGGACAUGUUGUUGUUAAAUGCUUGUUCCUGGUUUCUCAUUUUCUGUUGCCUAAUUGGUUGUCAUAAGAAUUGUAACUAUUAAUAAUGGUUUUGCUGUUGAGAAAUGUCAUAAUUGUUUGAAACAUUACAAUAAAUAUAGACUUCAAAUUGAUAGACAGAUUCCUGUAUGAAGUAUUAAAUAAAUGAGCAUUUUAAAUGUAAAAUUCACUUGUGAAUGUAUGCAAUGUUUAUUGUGGGCAUUACACUUUGACAUAAUAUAGCUUUAUAGAACCAUAUUUCAUCCAUGACAUAAUGACGUUCUUCCAAGAGCGUGAACUGGUACGUAGAGAAUGGAAACACCUAAAGGGGACGCAGUUUCACAUGUUUGAACAAUUCCCGAAGGAGGUUACCGAUAAGCAGCGGGGUCUAGUGAAGAAGAUGAAGGAGUUCAGGGAGAAGGGGAAGAAGGCGUGGCUCGUGUACGAUACCCUCUACGUGGACGGACGACCGAUGAGGGACGAGGGGCACGCCGGGUGUGAACUUUCUAUAACCUCUUGGAAUGUGCACGGACUUACCCAUGAAAAACAACAAUCUUCUGGUUUUUUAAAUAUUAUUUCUAGUUCUGAUAUUUGUUUUUUGUAUGAAUCAUGGACCAAUUCUUCUAGCAAUGUAUCUUUAAAUGGCUUUGUCGAAAAAUUCAACAUAGAAAUGCACAUAGAUGUAGUGGAGGAAUCGUAUUGUUUUAUAAAGAACACCUGAAAGAUGGAAUUGAAAUAGUAAAAAAUCAUCAUGAUACUAUUAUAUGGUUAAGGCUAGACCAUAAUAUUUUUAAAACUGAGGAAGAUAUUUAUUGGUGUGGAGUCUAUUUAUGGGGUGAAAAAUCGCCAGCAUACAAUAAUUUUAAUAACGUUGAUCUAUUUGAUACGCUUGAGAAUGAUAUAUAUAUGUAUAGCAAUUUAGGCUGUGUAACAAUAUGUGGCGAUUUAAACAGUAGAAUUGGCAAAAAAACAUGAUUUUAUCAUACAUGAUGAUGUUAAUUUUUCGUUCAACGAUACUGAUUAUGAACCUGACAGUACCCCCGUGCGGGCCUCUGUAGACACUGUACAUAAUAGCCACGGUGUUAAAUUAUUAGAUUUGUGUAAAUCCUCAUCUAUGCGCAUUGUUAAUGGUAGAGUAGGCCAAUAAUUAUACAUAUUUUUCCUACAAUGGAUGUUCCGUUAUAGAUUAUUUAUUGAUGCAUGAGCGAAACUUUUCAAUGAUUAGUGACUUCAAUAUUUGUGCAUUCAAUCAAUGGAGUGACCACUCUUCCUUGCAAUUUAAGCUAUUAUGUAAUUAUGUCACUCAUGAUGAUCAAGAAAGAUCAGAGAUGAAAUAUAGAUGGAGUAAUGAUUAUAGAGAACAGUUUCGCACGGGCAUUAUUGGCUGUUUGCAACGAUUUAAUAACAUUGUUAAUAAUAUUGAUAACACUAGACAAUCUGUAAAUGACGCUGUUAAUGAAUUUACGAAUGUUAUACGUUCUGUUGCUGACCCUUUAUUCUCAAAAUGUCAUAAUGUCAAUAAUAAAGCAUAUUUCCAUGUGGACACAUGUAUUAAAAAUAACGAUUGGUUUGACGCUGAAUGUAUUGAAGCGCAUAACGUGUAUUUAGAGUCAUUACGUUUGUUUAAUAGCGAUAAAUCGCAUGAAAAUAUAUUGUUAUUAGUAGAACAUAAACGUGUGUAUAAAAAUAUUGUUAGUAAAAAGAAAAAUAAUGCAUACAGAUUAAAAAUGCAAGAAAUAGAACAAUUAAAAAAGUAAGCCUAGAGAUUUUUGGAAAUAUUUUAAACCAAAAUCCAAACCAACGGCUGACAGUAAACCAAAUGAAACAUUUAGGGAAUAUUUUUCAGCAUUAGGUAGUAGUGUCUUUGAAUGUUUUAACGAAGAGUCUGAAAUUUUUUGCAACACGCAUGAUUUUGAUAAUGUUGAUGUUUCAUUUUCCGAAUUAGAUCAGCCUAUAACUGUCAAUGAAAUACAUAUUGCUAUUAAAUCAUUGAAGCGUAAUGAAUCUUCUGGGAGUGACAUUCUGAUGAAUGAAUACUUUAUAGAGACGUUCGAUAUUUUGCCUUCGCAUGUAUGUAAUAUUUUUAACGGUAUUUUAAACUCAGGAUUUUUUCCCGAUAAGUGGAUGGAAGGUGUUAUUAUACCAUUGCAUAAAAAGGGAAAUUUAGAUGACGUUAAUAAUUAUAGGGGAAUUACACUCGUUAGUUGCCUGUCUAAGCUUUUUACAACUGUACUAAAUAAACGCAUUGAUACAUUUUGUAACGAACAUAACAUAAUUUCGGACGCUCAGUUCGGAUUUCGGGCGAUCAACUGUAGAUGCUAUUUUUAUUCUUACGUCAUUAGUGCAAAAAUAUUUGAAUGACAAUAAAAGACUUUAUGUUGUUUAUGUUGAUAUGAUGAAAUGUUUUGAUUCUAUUUAUAGAAAUGCUUUAUGGUUGAAACUGUACAAAUGCGGUAUUCAAUGAAAACUACUUAGAAUAGUACGAGAUAUGUAUCAAAAAGUUAAAUCUUGUGUUAAAUCAUGUUUUACAUAUUCUGAUUACUUCGACUAUGCUGAAGGCCUCCGUCAAGGAGAAGUUAUGUCCCCUUUACUAUUUUCUCUCUUUGUUGAAGACUUAGAAUUAUUUUUACAGAAUGAUGUAGAUUCUGGACUUCUAAUUGAUGAUAUUGUCCUUAUAUUGUUGUUAUUUUCAGAUGACAUGGCUAUCGUAGGAAAAUCACCUGAAGAAAUACAACAACAUUUGAAUAGACUUUUAGAAUACUGUAAUAACUGGGGUUUAUCUGUAAAUAUACUUAAAACAAAAAAUAUGGUUUUUCGUAAAAGGGGAGGGCUAUUGCCAUCAGAACAUUGGACCUACAAUGGCCAGUCUAUUGAAGUUGUGAAUGAUUUUAAUUACUUAGGAACUGUUUUCAACUAUACUGGUAAUUAUGCUUUAAACCAAGAACAUUUAACUGGUAAAGCUUUAAAAGCACUAAAUGUAUUAUUAUGUAAAUGUAGGGAAUAUGACCUGAAACCAAAGAUUCUAUGUCAACUAUUUGAUGCUUUUGUAGCUCCUUUUCUAAAUUAUGCUUCGGAAAUAUGGGGUUAUACCAAGUCAAAAGAAAUUGAAAGAAUUAAUUUAAAAUUUUGUAAACGUCUAUUAAAUGUUAGAAAAAAUACAUGUACAGCAAGUGUUUACGGUGAGCUUGGCAGAUAUCCUCUUUAUGUACAUAGAUUUGUUAGAAUUAUACAAUAUUGGCUUAAGGUUGUAAGAAGUGAUAAUAUCAUAACGCGCACUGUAUAUAGGUAUGCAUUAUCAGACUGUGUAAUAGGAAAGAAUAAUUGGGUAUCAAAUGUUAGAAAGCUUUUGAGCGAGUUUGGCUUUGGAUAUGUAUUUGAUAAUGCCAGUGUACCAAAUGAAAAGUAUUUUUUGUGUGAGUUAAAAACUAGAAUAAUUGAUUGUUUUAGGCAAAAGUGGUAUCGCUCUCUUGAUAGUCCAGUCUUGUUUUUGUAUAAAGACUUUAAAACCACUUUUGGUUAUGAACAUUAUUUAGACAUUUUACCUAAAAGCUUACGCCUAUUCUUUUGUAGACUUAGACUUUCUGUUCACCCUUUAAGAAUUCAAACGGGUAGAUAUAACCGUAAUCGAAUUCAACGUGAUAAAAGAUAUUGUUUAUGUUGUAAUAGAAGUGAUAUAGAAGACGAGUUCCAUUUUAUUUGUAUUUGUCCAUGUUUUAAUCUUAUUAGAAAGAAAUACAUCAAACGUAAUUAUUAUAUACGUCCGUCUGUACUAAAAUUUAUUGAACUGUUAAAUUCAACAAAUAGACAAGAACUUAUAAAACUAUCUUUAUUUGUCAAAGAAGCGUUAUGUAUAAGACGAACAACUCUUAAUAUUGAAAUAUAACAAUGAUUUAUUUUUUGUUAUAUUUUUGUUCAUCCUCACCUAAUUUGAAUAUGUCCAUACAUCUGUAUUCUAAUUUACUCAUUAUUGUAUUACCUGUGUUCUCACCAUGUGUUCAAUUAUUAUAUGUAUAUGGUUAAGAAGAUGAUGUACUUUGUACAAGUCUUAAUAAAUUAUCUGUUCUGUUCUGUUCAUAAAAUUGUGAUAUUUACAAUGUUUACAAUGUAUAUAUAAAAUAUUCUAGGAACAUUUUCAUAAGAGUCAUCGGAUAUUUAUUUUUUCAAACUUAAAUUCAAUACAUUUCCUUCAAGGGCUGUAUUAUUGUUGUGUAUAUGUUUAUACAUGUUUAUUUUAUCAAUUUACAUUAAAAUGUUGUUGUUUUUUGGUUGUGUUUUUUUUUUGUAAUCUUGCGAAAUUCCCCUUUUU